GCAAACGUGUCCUGCAGCCAGCUGCUGCUGGUGAGGGCAAUGCGGCGUGCGCGGUGCAUGCUGGGAGCUGCUGGGAACAUCAUCACCGCUGAGCUGCACUUCGGCCGACAUCUGCCUUCAGGACACACCCCACGGGGGGCGCAGGGUCCCUGGCAGUACGGCUUGGUCUUGGACAAAUUUCCAGGGUGACAACUCUCCAACAUGGCCUGCCAGCAGAGGUUGCUGGAUUCCGCUAGUUGCACUGUGUUCUUCCUCCUGCUAGUCUUUAACCUUGGUGCUGCCAAACCAGAGCCCUGCUGGACAUGCCGGAGCUUGGUUAACAAUUUUGUGAAGGGCAUAGAGAAGACGGCAAGGCUGAAUUUUGGUGGUGGCAACACUGCUUGGGAGGAAGAGAAACUGGCAAAAUAUGAAAUCAGCGAGACGCGCUUUCUGGAAGUGGUGGAGUCAGCCUGUGACAAGUCUGACUUUGAGUGUAAUAAGAUGUUGGAGCAGAACGAGGAGCAUCUGGAGACUUGGUGGUUCAAGAGACCAAAGGAACCCACUGACCUGUUCGACUGGCUGUGUAUGGACACCUUGAAGCUGUGUUGUCCAGAAGGCACCUUUGGACCGGAUUGUGCAUCCUGCCCUGGGGGUUCUGAGAAACCCUGCAGCGGUAAUGGGAAAUGCAACGGUGCGGGAACACGAGCCGGCACAGGAUCAUGUGAUUGUUACCCUGGUUACGGCGGGCCGCUGUGCAUGGACUGCGCUAUUGGUUAUUAUGAACAAGUCCGAAAUGAGAGCCACCUGGUAUGUUCUGAGUGUCACAAAGCCUGCAGCAAGUGCCUGGGACCCGAGGAAGACCAGUGUGUUCAGUGCAAGAGGGGCUGGAUACUACAUGACAUGAAGUGCAUCGAUGUGGAUGAAUGUGGCACACUGGAUCGCUGCAAGUCCAACCAGUACUGUCUGAACACAGAAGGAUCCUAUGAAUGCAGAGAUUGCGACAAAUCCUGCAUUGGCUGCAUGGGAGCAGGGUCAGUCCGCUGUAAGAAGUGCAACGCUGGCUAUUAUCGGGAUGGCGCCAAAUGUCUGGAUGUGGAUGAGUGCGACAAUGAGUUGCCCAGGUGCAAAGGAUCCAGGGAGGAGUGUGUAAACACGGAGGGGGGUUACACCUGUGUGUGUGAGAAGGGUUACUCCAAGGUUGACGGAAUGUGCAGAGCAGACAACCAAGAUGAUGCAGAUAAAGGUCUCUUUGAUGACAUCACAGACGACGAGGUAGUGGUUUUGCAGCAGAUGUUCUUCGGCGUGGUGAUCUGUGCUUUGGCCACACUAGCGGCUAAAGGAGACAUGGUUUUCACCGCCAUCUUCAUUGGCGCCGUAGCUGCCAUGGCCGGAUACUGGUUCUCGGAGAAAAGUGACAGAGUCCUAGAUGGCUUCUUGAAAGGUAGAUAACUUCUCAGUGACCUGGACAUGGAUAUGUGACGGAAGGUAAUGUGUGCGGAGCUCCACUCAAGCAGGCACCAAAGAGCUCAUGUCCUGCUUUGAAGCAGAGAAUGGUGAGUAGCGUCCUUAAACUAGGCACUAAUAAGCAACCACCCCAGGUAACGCCCUUGUAUUUAUUUUAAAAAGACACAAGCACAAAUGGCAGCAGCAUCGUACUGGAGACCACUAAACAACAAUAUAUUUGUUGUACCUAUUUUAUGAACAACAAUUUACUUGUGUUUACUUGGAUUUUCUUUAUCUGGAAAAUACAUAACGGAACAAUUUUGGCAAAGGAUAGAAAGUCGCUUUCCUCUAUCUCCCUACCGUGGAUGAAAAGACCAUGGAUGUAAGCUUCUGACUACCAAGUUCUUCAUGCAGUCUACAUGUUUAUCUUCCCGGCUCUGUAUUCGGAGAUAAGACAUCACGUGCCUCUGUUCUGUAUGCGCAAUGCACCCCCGGACAGCACCGUACACAACUGGUUGGGUAUUCCUAUGAUUUAUUGGGGCACUAGGCUGGUUUAUGGACUUUGCUUUUGACAGUUCUGCAGAAGGACAGACUGAAAUGGAUUUGCACAGGAAGAAUAUUGAACAGUCUGAGAUUUGGAUGGCUUGUGCCCUGUAGGUGUCUUGUCAUGAACCGAAAGAAUGUCAACUUGAAUAUACGACACAUGUUGGCGAACUGACUUGCAUUUAACGUUUUAUCUGCUUCACCUGCGCCUCAUACUAGGGUGGGCUGUAGGGUGACUACUGUUGCUGUAUAAUGCUCGUUUUAUUGUGACGUGUUGCACUGUCUCUUGGCAAGGAGGAGCUUAUGUGGUGUGAUCACUUACCUAACUUAGGCCAAGCCUAAUCUGCAGUCAGUGUAGGGAAACGUCUACUUUCAUAUCCCCAUCUGAGGACUAGCGCUUGUGUUGCAAUGCAUGGAAGUUCCAACUAUUUACAUGUAUUUCCAAAAAGAUGGACUACAACUACUGCAUCCUCGGUGGGUAUAAGCCGUCUUUCCAAACUACUUGGAAAGAAAUGUAGAUUCAUAAGCUGUUCCCUUAAAUAUGAUUUGUGCCUAAUACGUAAAGCAGCAAUCUUUUCUUUUUAUGUAAAAUUAUAAUUUUGUUCAUUUAAAAAAUCUCUCCAGAGUACAGACCAGUAUGGCUGAAGAUCAAGUUUAAUUCAAAGCCUCUCAGCUCACCUAGGGGUCUAUAUACUAAGUCUUGGAGAGAUAGAAAGUGGACGGUGAUCAAGUACCAGUACCAAUCGGCUCCUAACUGCUAUAUUACAGGCUGCGUUUGAAAAAGGACAGUUGGGAUCUAAUUGGCUGAUACUUAAUCUCCGUCCACGUUAUCUCUCUCUAUGACUUAGUAAAUAGAACCCUAAAUCACGCGCCUGGGGUUAUCAUGCUAGUCGCAUGAUUCUUGCUGGAAACCCUGCAGAAGUAGCAGUCAUUAAUAGUACUUUCUGAGGAGGGGGAGAGGAUUGCCGCUUUAAAGAAAGUGUAUUUGUUUGCUUACUAAUGUGGCUGUACAUUAAGGGUUACAAUUGGAAGUGUGCUGGUGAGUAAUAUCUAUUCCGCACUUUCUAACAGGGUGUUCAGGUUAUAAACUUGCAACCAAUCGGCUAUUAUGUUUCGUGCAGGUUAGACACUGAAUGUAAAUGUAAUUGGUUGCUAGGAUUUAGUGCACCUGAAUCCAACCUAAAGAGGUUCUGGCUCUUAGGGGGAGAAAUGUCAGACCAUCUAAAGCAGGCCUGGUCAACCUGUGGCUCUCCAGCUGUUGUGAAACUGCAAGUCCCAGCAUGCCUUGCCACAGUUUUGCUAUUAGGGAAUGCUAAAACUGUGGCAGUGCAUGCUGGGAUGUGUAAUGUCACAACAGCUGGAGAGCCACAGGUUGGCCAGGCCUGUAAAAGAGGUCAAGAGCCCGUAGCAACUUCUGCACCUGUCCUGUUUAGAAGGCUUGAAACCUCUCCCCCUUAGUCUAUUAUUGGGGGAGGAUAUUGCUAGUCCUCCAGAGCCGGGAAUGUACGGUUUAGUGGUGUUUGCUUCAGGUAUAUACAGUAGAUCCCAGAUAGUCUCAGGGUGUCUGACGCUGUACUAGCCUGGGAGCUGCCACUCAGAUUUGCACUACACAUUUAGACGUGUCUUUUUAGUUUGUCACAUGAAAGCAUGUUGUGCAUAAUUUAAUAUGGAUUCUUGUUAUUACUGUCUGUUUUUCAUAUUGCAAAUGCCAUAAACAAUAUCCGAUUGCUGCACAGUCGCUCCUGUGUUCUGGUUCUGCAGCUUCCUGCUUACACACAGUUGAUAUGGUGCGCAGGUCAGACCUAUAUUCAAUGAAGCCUAUGUAUCAAUCACAAGGCACAGGAAGAUCGGUGAGCAGCAGUAAUUGGAGCAAAGCGUCACUUAUUCAGAAAUAUCAAAAUUAAGUUGAGCAUAAGCUAAGAAAAAAAAACAAUAAAAUAAGACUUUAUAAGCUGGAAAUGUUCCCCAAUUUAUCGCUUCUAAAUUAAACCAACAAAAAACAUGUUUUAAAUCUUAAAUUCACCCUUUUGCACAAAAAGAAGAAUGGAAAUUAGUUUUAAUGUUUUCUGGUAUUCCUCAAACCUGGGUGUACCAGAGAGGUGCUCUCGGUAACGGGAAGUGAGCAACUUGUGCUCAAGUCUUUGUUUUAUCUCACUGUUUGUUUAGAACUGCUGUGUUUUGUCUCUAUUUAUUCAUCUCAGAAUAAUAAACAUGUUCAAACCUUUUAAACUUGAA